AUGGCUUCCACAUCAUCAGACGAGAAAGACAUGGCCUCCGAACCACAAUCAGAGAAGAAACAGCCCGGCAUCUCAUCUCGUCGCGCCUCCAACAUGUCAAUAGAAGAACCACACUCCCCCGCCUCCAACUCUACCGACAGCGACCACGAAGAAGAAGAGGAAGAAGAUGACUACCAACCCGAACGCCGGCAAAACCAACUCCGCCCCUCCAUCUCCCACACCUCCUCCAUGAACCAAGUCGGCAACGUCAUCCCCACCCUCGAACUAAUGCGCACCUGGACAACUCGAACGUCCGGCACCGCCACUGAUCCAGCCUACGAAAUCGACUUCGCCCCGGGCGAGAAAGGCGACCCCCAGAAUUGGCCGCUGUGGUACAAAGGCAUGAUCCUGGCUAUAAUGAGCUACUCCACCACCUCCGUCGUUCUCUUCUCCACUUCGUACACCUCCGCCAUCCCGGGUAUGGAGGACGCGUUCGGCAUCUCCAACAGCGAGGGGAUUCUCGGCGUCACGACGUACCUGAUCGGUAUGGCCGUCGGGUCCGUCAUAUUGGCGCCUUUGAGCGAGAUGUACGGACGACGGCCAAUUUACAUCAUGGCGUUGGGAGGGUUUGUGGUGUUUGUGAUUCCGUGCGCGGUGGCGACGAAUAUUCAGACGAUUCUGGUGACGAGGUUCUUUGGGGCGUUUUGUGCGGCGGCGAUGAUUUCGAAUGCGCCGGGGACGGUGAAUGAUAUUGUGGAUGAGGAGCACCGGGCGCUUGCGUUUUCGAUCUGGUCGAUUGGGCCUAUGAACGGCCCGGUAAUUGGCCCUGUUGUGGGAGGAUUUGUUUAUCAGUACCUUGGCUGGCGAUGGACUAACUGGGUCGUCAUUAUUGGUGCUGGUGUCGCUUGGGUCUUGACUUCGAUUAUCCAGGAGACGUACGCCCCCGCGAUCCUGCGUCGACGUGCGGCCAAGAAGCGGAAGGAGACUGGAGAUGAUGCGUGGUGGUCUCGUUACGACGAGAAGUUGGAGUUCUUGCCGCUGCUACGGAUCAACUUGUCCCGACCCUUCGUCAUGACGGUGACGGAGCCAAUCUGCAUCUUCUGGGAUCUCUACAUCGCGCUCAUCUACGGCAUCUUAUACCUCUGCUUCGUCGCCUACCCGAUUGUCUUUACCGAUCUCCGAGGCUGGUCGCCCGGCUUCACCGGUCUCAGCUUCUGCGGCAUAGGAGUCGGCUCGAUGAUCACCAUCGUCGGUGAACCCCUAAUCCGCAAAUGGAUCAACUCCCACAAGAACGAUCCCGAAACCGGUAGUCCUCCUCCAGAAGCAAUGGUCUGCGUCGUCUGUUUAGCAGCUGUCCUCAUCCCUGCUGGCGAGAUCAUCUUCGCCUGGACCUGCACGCCAAACGUCCACUGGAUCGCGCCAAUAAUCGCUGGUGUACCGUUCGGCGCAGGCAACGCAGCAGUCUUCAUCUACGCUUCCAACUACUUGGUCAGCAGCUACGACAUCUACGCCGCCUCCGCCCUCGCAGGCAACGCAGUCCUACGAUCCGUCAUGGGCGCCACACUCCCCUUAGCCGGUCCAUCAAUGUACAAAUCCCUCGGCGCCAACUGGGCGGGCACACUCCUCGGGCUGCUGGAGGUGCUGUGCAUCCCCAUCCCCAUAAUCUUCUACAAAUACGGACACAAGAUAAGACUGAAAUCCACGCUGAUCCGGGAGAUGCGCGAGGAUCGCGAGAAGCGGGAUCGGCGGCAGAAGAGGUUUGAGGAGAAGGCGAAGCGGAGGGCGGAGACGGAGGCGCAGAUGGGGGCACCGAUGGAUACGGGAACGGCGGUGGUUGAGUUGGGGGUGGAAGGAGAUUUGGAGAAGGGUGGGGUGGAGAAGGUGAAGUCGUGA